UCUUCCAAAGAAGAUAUGCCAGAGACAACAGCUACGGUUUCUGCUAGCAGUUUACGCUUUGAAACAGAGAAAUACAGUGAAUUCCGUUUCUCGUCAUGCCGUGUACCAACAGGUCAAGAACAAUCAGGAGCAUCCACAAGCCACACACCUUACCGUUAUAUUCAGUUUCUUAAAGAAAUAAUUGAGAAUGCACCACACAAACAGAUAACGUUAUCCAAAAUCUAUAAAGUCAUCAUCGAAGAAUUUCCUGUUUAUACAACUGCUCCACGCUUUCGCUAUGCUCACGUUAAAGAAGUGUUAAGACACUUUGACUGUUUUGUUGAAUUACAUCGGAUAUCGAGGGAAAAAGAUAGCGAACGUUACUGGACAAUAGAUCCGGAGUAUCGUGAAAGUAUCAGUUCCAUCCACAGUGUUUCACAAGAAGCGGAGAAUGCGCAACGUGUGCCAUCUUAUGAAAGACCAAAUUUCAAUGAAAUAGAACUAAUCCAGAUGGCAAUCAUGAGUUCACCACGUGAAAAAAUGACAUGGGAUCAAAUUUGUGAAUUUGUGGAGGAUAACUUCCCUUACUUCAUCGACUCUUAUAGUAUAUGGCGUUUCGCGAUUAUCUUCAUCUUAUCAAGCAGCGAUGAGUUUGUUAAAAUAGUUCGGAAAGAUAAAGUCACUUGGCAUUUCUGGAAAGUAAACCCGAGUUUAUGUUAUAUCAGUGGCGAAACGUAUGACAGUGUUAAUUUACGCAGGCCAAGCAGAUUCAUGAAAGCAAAUGAAAUAAGAGCGCCAGCUUCCAUUGCACCGUCGCAGACAAACUUCCAGACAUUAAAUGAAGCACCAAUUGAAGUUAAUCCUGUUCUUAACAAAGACAUAACUACUUCAUCAGCCUCCACAAAAUCAAUUUCUUGCGCAAGAGCAAAUCCCAUUAAUGAUAUUUAUCCGACUUUAUCGAAUUCUUUAUUAGCCUCUAUACCCUCCAUACCCUAUAUACCAAAACUAAUUCCUUCUACGCAUGAAAGCCUGGGCACUACAAACAAUUCUGUACAGUGAUCAUCCGUCUCUGUAGCUACACAACAAUCUAAACCUUUUACCCCUAUAUAUCAGCCUACUACAUUCAUUCCUGAACAAUAUAGAAAGCCAUUAGCAAAGAAUAGGGAAUCAUCAGAUGACGAAGAAGACCCAUUUUACACUAGAUAAACAUUCACGGUGGAAAAACAUCGUGAAAAUCUGUGACUUUAAACAGAAAUAGAAAACACAUAAAGACAUUCGCACGACGAUUUGUGAUAAAUUCUUAAAUCGUAUAUUUGUACG